AUGGCGACACCGCCAUUGAGAGAGAAUCAAAAAUCUAACAAUUACGCCCAGUAUGCUGGGAGCCCAAGUGGCUUCCCAUACUCGUCUAGCAGCCCAGGGUCACGUGGCAACUCUGGCUCACCUGGCCGCACAGACUCAUCUAGCAGCCCAGGGUCACGUGGCAACUCUGGCUCACCUGGCCGCACAGACUCAUCUAGCAGCAGGGGCUCACCUGACAGCACAGACUCUUGUACCAGCAUCGGCAUACUUGGCAACAGAGGCUCACCUGGCAGCACAGACUCUUGUACCAGCAUCGGCAUACUUGGCAACAGAGGCUCACCUGGCAGCACAGACUCUUGUACCAGCAUCGGCAUACUUGGUAACAGAGGCUCACCUGGCAGCACAGACUCUUGUACCAGCAUCGGCAUACUUGGCAACAGAGGCUCACCUGGCAGCACAGACUCAUUUAGCAGCAAGGGCUCACCUGACAGCACAGACUCUUGUACCAGCAUCGGCAUACUUGGCAACAGAGGCUCACCUGGCAGCACAGACUCAUUUAGCAGCAAGGGCUCACCUGACAGCACAGACUCUUGUACCGGCAUCGGCAUACUUGGCAACAGAGGCUCACCUGGCAGCACAGACUCAUUUAGCAGCAAGGGCUCACCUGGCAGCACAGACUCUUGUACCAGCAUCGGCAUACUUGGCAACAGAGGCUCACCUGGCAGCACAGACUCAUCUACCGGCGUAGGCCCACCUGGCAGCACAGACUCUUGUACCAGCAUCGGCACACCUGGCAACAGAGGCUCACCUGGCAGCACAGACUCAUCUACCAGCGUAGGCCCACCUGGCAGCAGAGUCUCAAUUUUGUCUUCAGAACAGGAAGAAUUUUUGGUAUUAAGGUUUUUAUCGUUAUAUUUAAUCUUCUUAUUUGGUUUUGGAGGUGAACUCAUCUUUUAG